CAGUGAACAUCAUACCUGCCCUCCGCGUGUAAAUCUAGUGGUACAUCCACGCAUACCUUCUCCUCUUUGUGCUGUAUUGUACUUGUCGCAUUGUAUUAUUGUACAUGUCUUUUGCGCUUGCCCUACACCACAAUUACUUGUACAUACCUUCCUAACAUUUGAUUUUACAACAACCUUGACAACCUUGGCUACUGCUACCGUACUGCUGUACUACAUGUACUACAUAGUUUUGGAGUUGCUGGUAUUCUCCUUCCAACAUUAAACCAUUAAACAUUAGGGAACAUAGGAAUCAUCAAAAAUCAAUUCCCCAUCAUCAAUUUUCAUCACCCAUCCCAUCCAUCCCUCCAUCCAUCCAUCUCCGCAACUGUCGUCGCCCACCUUCUUCCACUUCUUUAUUUUGCGACAACCCAUCUGUAUUCCCUCUUUUUUUUUCUUUCGCGGGGGAAGGAAAGCGACAGCCGGUCACUGCGCUCGUUUCUUUUUUUAUUGUCAUUCUAGUUUUCGCGUCUCUUUUAACAAGGGUAUCGUACGUACAUCCUACUACUUACUACGAAAACUGACCGACCGACCGACUUUGUUCUUACCCCUCGAUCCACUCUACCACUUCUAGUUGAACCCCCGUCGACCCUGUUGAAUCCUGCGAAACCGAUAUAUCGUCAUCCUUCCAACCUCUACCUACCCUCUCCACCACCGACUACCUAUCCAACCCAUCUGCCUCACUUAUUUCCUCGGCCAGCACGAAUGGACAAUAAAGUCUUUGCUGGUCGUGCUAAUACACCUACUACACGGCCUCCCGCCCCUUCUCUCGAUGUCAUAGCCGCUCGUAACUCCGCUACAGCUGCUGCUGCCGCUUCUGCCGCUGCCCAGAGUAGUACCAGUAACAACAAUAUCAACGUUGCUUCGGGCACAAAUAACAAUAACGCACAGCCUAUAAACAUGGCGGAAGAAUCGAGGGACUCCAGGUCUUCCUCGUCGACAAACUCCCCCGUUCCGGCGGACAAUGAAGAAUCCGACUUCUUUCAUGUCGCAAAUGAUUCGCAAUCUUCCUUAGGAGUCGUACCCAACCUGCAAGAGAUGCAAGUCUCCGAUUCGGAAUGCCAACCCACCGUCGCCGCCCUUCCGAGCGAGAUCCUUAUCAGCAUCUUUUCUCGCAUAAACAAUCCGAGCGAGCUCCUAAAUUGUAUGUUGACCUGCAAGAGAUGGGCUCGCAACGUAGUCGAAAUACUUUGGCAUCGUCCCACAUGUACCUCGUGGCCGAAGCAUUCGUCUAUAUGUAACACACUAGGCCUUGAGAGACCGUAUUUUACAUAUACCGAUUUCGUCAAGCGCCUUAACCUUGCCGCUUUAGCGGAUAGAGUGAACGAUGGCAGUGUCACUCCACUCGCUGUCUGCACUCGUGUCGAGCGCCUCACCCUAACGAACUGCCGGGAGCUCACCGAUCGAGGAUUAAUGCCCCUAGUGGCGAGCAACCACCAUCUCCUGGCGCUGGAUCUAUCCGGCGAUAUCGGUAUCACGGAGCACUCUAUUUUCGCCAUUGCCGAGAACUGUCGCAAGCUUCAAGGCUUGAACGUGUCGAACUGUAAGCAGAUAUCGGACGAGAGUAUGGUCAAGCUUGCCCAGAAUUGUAGAUUCAUCAAGAGACUCAAAUUAAACGAUUGCGAGCAGCUUCAUGAUAGUGCCAUCCUGGCCUUCGCUAAUAACUGCCCCAAUCUUCUUGAGAUCGACCUUCACCAAUGUGCGAAUAUUGGCAACGAUCCCGUUACUGCACUACUUGCUAAAGGACAAUCUCUUCGAGAGUUGCGCCUAGCGAAUUGCGAUCUCAUCGAUGACAGCGCAUUCCUCUCUUUACCCCCUAGCAGGGCUUACGAACACCUCCGAAUCCUUGACUUAACCUCGUGUACCCGAUUGACGGACCGCGCCGUUGAAAAAAUUAUCGAUGUUGCUCCGCGAUUACGAAACUUGGUCCUGGCCAAGUGUAGCAAUAUCACCGACGCUGCUGUCUACGCCAUAUCCCGUCUUGGCAAGAAUUUACACUAUGUACAUUUGGGACAUUGUAGGCACAUCACGGACGAGGCAGUCAAGCGCUUAGUGCGUGACUGUAGCCGCAUUCGUUAUAUCGACCUUGGCUGUUGCGUCCACCUAACAGACGAGUCCGUGGUACAAUUAGCAAGACUUCCGAAGCUCAAGCGCAUUGGAUUAGUCAAGUGUAGCAACAUCACGGACGACAGCAUGUAUGCACUAGCUGGCGCGAACCGUCACGCCCAAUCUCGCCGUAAUGCAGCGGGGGGUACGUCUAGGAGACACGAGUACCAUACCGGCAGUUUAGAGCGAGUCCAUCUCAGCUACUGCACAAACCUGACUCUUCCGAGUAUUAUCAAGUUGCUGAAUUGUUGCCCGAAGCUUACCCACCUAAGUUUGACGGGCGUCCCCGCUUUCCUGCGAGAUGAUUUGGAGGCCUUCUGUCGCGAAGCUCCGACGGAUUUUACCGAGCAUCAACGUGCUGUAUUUUGCGUCUUCUCCGGUCAAGGGGUUAUGGGUCUUCGGAACUAUUUAAACAUCCAACCCGAGUUCGAAGAAUAUCGAAACCUAUAUGCUGGGCAACGAAGACCAACCUUCCCAAUAAAUCAAGAUGGAGCCCAGGGCCAGGCCCAAGGGAUUACUCCGGUGCCGGCCCCCGAUAUUGAUGGUUUUGACGACGCCGACGGAGUCGAGGAUGACGAUAUGGGCGAUGGUAGCGAAAUUGCCCUAGAUCCAGGUGCUUUCGGCGAUAACCAAAACCUAACGAACGGAGCGAACAUGACGAUCCCUCCUCCGCCUCCCCCACCCCAUACUAAUAUGAUUUUUCAACUUUCACCUCCACUCCCGCUACACCUAGCUUCUUCUACUGUCGCCAAUACUCUACCAGCAACUCAAGCAGGUCAUAGCGCUGGGGUCCCCAUGGGUAGCACCCCCGGCCCGAGUACUGCUGGCCAAGGACUAUUCGCGAGCCAAGGGUUGGCCGGUCCUAGUACGGCAUCCAUGCAAGGCCAGGUUGACGAAGACGACACAAACAACGGGCGAUAAAUCAUACCUGUUUUGUUCUUCGCACUGGCCAGAAGCUAUACAUCUAUAUAAAUGCGCUCGCCCAAAUCUGCAUGACUGCCGUCAAACUGCAUCACCUCAAAAACAAAACCUGGGCUAAGUCGACAUCACGUACUUUGUUCCUAUCAAGUUAAAUCAUGCCUAGUGGUAUAGUACAUGCAGAACGUCGGACUUUCUUGGCGGACGACUUUGUUUUUGCCCUUACACAACUAUUGACUCGGUUAUAUGAGUUGAUUUGAAAUUGUCGCAAAACCCUUUCGCGGUAAAGAGCGACUACUUAUGUGGAAGGGACGCGUUUAGUUAUGACCCUGGAUUGUUAGUAGUCCCGAGUUGAAAUCAAACGGCAAUCAUGAUUCGGAGGGUUAAGUGUUAUACUUCUUCACCUCUUGUAUGCGUAUGAUUACGCAUUACGCACCCGACACGAACGUAUUGGAGAUCCCAUAGGGCAACAAUUUACGAAGUGUACGAGGGUGGCGUCCAAGAAAUGGACAUUGUCUUGUUGGAAUCACGAAAGAUACCAUGUUGAGUUACUGCUGGCGACGGUGUGGUUACGGCCAACCGAUUUAGCCAUGCAACGAGUUACUUGCUCUCCUUGCUUUAGCAGUUUGCGAUGAAUUAGAGAUUUGCUAAGUGCUCUAGCUGGCAGGGCCAUCAUCCUAGCAGAUAGCUGCUUAAUGAAUAGAAAUUGUUUACCAAA